CGAGGUUUACACGAACUCCUGUUGACCAGACGGGGGUCUCUGGUGGAGUUGCCUCUUUUAUUUGCCAAGCCACAGGAGACCCACGACCUAAAAUUGUCUGGAACAAGAAAGGAAAGAAAGUCAGCAAUCAGAGAUUCGAGGUAAUAGAGUUUGACGAUGGAUCUGGAUCAGUUCUCAGAAUACAGCCCUUACGGACUCCACGGGAUGAGGCCAUUUAUGAAUGCGUGGCCUCAAAUAACAUCGGAGAAAUAAGCGUAUCUACCAGACUCACAGUUUUGCGUGAGGAUCAAAUUCCCAGGGGCUUCCCUACCAUUGACAUGGGCCCACAGUUGAAGGUGGUUGAGCGUACGCGCACUGCCACCAUGCUUUGUGCAGCCAGUGGGAAUCCGGACCCAGAAAUCACUUGGUUUAAAGAUUUCUUACCUGUCGACACAAGCAACAACAAUGGCCGUAUUAAGCAAUUACGAUCAGGUGGUACACCAAUAAGAGGCGCCCUUCAGAUCGAACAGAGUGAAGAAUCUGACCAAGGGAAAUAUGAGUGUGUUGCCACCAACAGCGCGGGCACGCGCUAUUCUGCCCCUGCCAAUUUAUAUGUCAGAGAGCUGCGAGAAGUUCGUCGUGUCCCACCAAGAUUCUCUAUCCCACCCACUAAUCAUGAAAUCAUGCCAGGUGGAAGUGUUAAUAUCACCUGUGUGGCCGUGGGGUCACCAAUGCCUUAUGUGAAGUGGAUGUUGGGGGCAGAAGAUCUGACACCUGAAGAUGAUAUGCCAAUAGGAAGAAAUGUCCUAGAACUGAAUGAUGUAAGACAGUCAGCAAAUUACACCUGUGUUGCAAUGUCAACACUGGGUGUCAUUGAAGCAAUAGCACAGAUCACUGUCAAAGCCUUACCCAAACCUCCAGGAACUCCUGUGGUGACGGAGAGCACAGCCACAAGCAUCACGCUGACCUGGGACUCUGGGAACCCUGAGCCUGUGUCUUACUACAUCAUUCAGCAUAAACCUAAAAAUUCUGAGGAAACCUACAAAGAAAUUGAUGGGGUAGCGACCACACGCUACAGUGUCGCUGGACUCAGUCCCUAUUCGGAUUACGAAUUCAGGGUUGUUGCUGUCAAUAACAUUGGGCGGGGGCCUCCCAGUGAGCCUGUGCUGACGCAGACCUCGGAGCAGGCACCAUCCAGUGCCCCCCGGGAUGUGCAAGCGCGGAUGUUGAGCUCAACCACCAUUUUGGUGCAGUGGAAGGAACCUGAGGAGCCAAACGGACAGAUCCAAGGAUACAGAGUGUAUUAUACAAUGGAUCCCACUCAGCAUGUCAACAACUGGAUGAAACACAAUGUAGCUGAUAGCCAGAUCACUACUAUUGGCAACUUAGUGCCCCAGAAAACAUACUCUGUCAAAGUCCUGGCUUUUACCUCAAUCGGAGAUGGUCCUCUUUCAAGUGACAUACAAGUCAUCACUCAGACAGGAGUACCAGGGCAGCCACUAAACUUCAAAGCAGAACCUGAGUCUGAAACGAGUAUUUUGCUUUCUUGGACACCCCCACGUUCGGACACCAUCGCCAACUAUGAGCUGGUCUACAAAGAUGGGGAGCCUGGAGAGGAGCAACGAAUAACCAUUGAGCCAGGGACAUCUUACAGACUGCAAGGGCUGAAACCAAACAGCUUGUACUACUUUCGUCUGGCUGCACGUUCUCCUCAAGGCUUGGGUGCUUCCACCACUGAAAUAUCAGCUAGGACCAUGCAGUCAAUGUUUGCAAAAAAUUUUCAUGUCAAAGCAGUAAUGAAGACUUCAGUGCUACUGUCUUGGGAGAUUCCAGAGAAUUAUAAUUCUGCCAUGCCUUUCAAAAUUCUUUAUGAUGAUGGGAAAAUGGUAGAAGAAGUAGAUGGUCGAGCUACACAAAAGUUGAUUGUCAACCUGAAGCCUGAGAAGUCCUACUCAUUCGUGCUAACAAAUCGUGGGAACAGUGCUGGGGGGCUGCAGCACAGGGUGACCGCGAAGACCGCCCCAGAUGUGCUGCGUACCAAGCCUGCCUUCAUUGGGAAGACCAACCUGGACGGCAUGAUUACUGUGCAACUGCCCGAAGUACCUGCAAAUGAGAAUAUAAAAGGUUACUACAUAAUAAUUGUGCCUUUGAAGAAAUCUCGUGGGAAAUUUAUCAAGCCAUGGGAGAGUCCAGAUGAAAUGGAAUUAGAUGAGCUGCUCAAAGAGAUAUCCAGGAAACGCAGAAGCAUCCGUUAUGGGAGAGAAGUUGAAUUAAAGCCAUAUAUAGCUGCUCACUUUGAUGUCCUGCCCACUGAGUUCACCCUGGGAGAUGACAAACACUACGGAGGAUUUACAAACAAGCAACUCCAAAGUGGUCAAGAAUAUGUCUUCUUUGUGUUAGCAGUGAUGGAACACGCAGAGUCUAAGAUGUAUGCAGCCAGCCCCUACUCUGACCCUGUUGUGUCGAUGGAUCUGGAUCCACAGCCAAUCACAGAUGAAGAAGAAGGCUUGAUCUGGGUCGUAGGUCCUGUCCUUGCAGUGGUCUUUAUCAUCUGCAUUGUCAUAGCCAUUCUUCUUUAUAAAAGUAAACCUGACAGAAAAAGGGCAGAGUCCGACUCUAGAAAGAGCAGCAUUCCGAACAGUAAGGAGGUCCCUUCACACCAUCCAACAGACCCGGUAGAACUAAGGCGCCUUAAUUUCCAAACACCAGGUAUGGCUAGUCAUCCUCCAAUACCUAUCUUGGAACUUGCGGAUCAUAUUGAAAGGUUGAAAGCCAAUGACAACUUGAAGUUUUCCCAGGAAUAUGAGUCAAUUGACCCUGGCCAGCAGUUCACCUGGGAACAUUCAAACUUGGAAGUAAACAAACCAAAGAAUAGAUAUGCAAAUGUAAUCGCAUAUGAUCAUUCCCGGGUUCUCCUAUCAGCAAUAGAAGGCAUCCCAGGGAGUGACUAUGUGAAUGCCAACUACAUAGAUGGCUACAGGAAACAGAACGCCUAUAUUGCAACACAGGGCUCUCUCCCUGAAACAUUCGGGGACUUUUGGAGAAUGAUAUGGGAACAGCGGAGUGCUACAAUUGUCAUGAUGACUAAAUUAGAAGAACGAUCCAGGGUGAAGUGUGACCAGUACUGGCCCAGCAGAGGCACAGAAACCCACGGGCUGGUCCAGGUGACGCUGCUCGACACUGUGGAGCUGGCCACGUAUUGUGUUCGAACCUUUGCACUUUACAAGAAUGGUUCGAGCGAGAAGAGGGAAGUGAGACAAUUCCAGUUCACCGCCUGGCCUGACCAUGGUGUUCCAGAACACCCGACACCUUUCCUAGCAUUCUUACGGAGAGUCAAAACCUGCAACCCUCCCGACGCGGGGCCCAUGGUCGUGCACUGCAGUGCGGGAGUUGGCCGGACUGGUUGUUUCAUUGUAAUAGAUGCCAUGUUAGAGAGAAUAAAGCAUGAAAAAACUGUAGAUAUUUAUGGCCAUGCAACUUUAAUGAGAGCCCAGAGGAAUUACAUGGUUCAGACAGAAGACCAGUACAUCUUUAUCCACGAUGCGCUGUUAGAAGCGGUGACUUGCGGAAAUACCGAAGUGCCGGCCAGGAACCUGUAUGCCUACAUUCAGAAACUGGCACAGAUAGAGACGGGAGAGAAUGUCACGGGAAUGGAGCUCGAAUUUAAGCGUCUAGCCAGCUCUAAAGCUCACACCUCAAGAUUCAUCAGUGCCAAUCUUCCAUGUAAUAAAUUCAAAAAUCGCCUUGUUAAUAUUAUGCCAUAUGAAUCCACAAGGGUAUGCCUGCAGCCUAUCCGAGGAGUGGAAGGAUCUGAUUACAUCAAUGCCAGUUUUAUUGAUGGAUACAGACAACAGAAAGCCUACAUCGCUACCCAGGGGCCCUUGGCGGAGACCACUGAGGACUUCUGGCGGAUGCUCUGGGAACACAAUUCCACCAUCGUUGUGAUGCUCACCAAGCUGCGUGAGAUGGGCAGAGAGAAAUGUCACCAGUACUGGCCAGCAGAACGAUCUGCAAGAUACCAGUACUUUGUUGUGGACCCCAUGGCCGAGUACAAUAUGCCACAAUAUAUCCUAAGGGAAUUCAAGGUCACAGAUGCCAGGGACGGUCAGUCCCGAACAGUGAGACAGUUCCAGUUCACCGACUGGCCAGAGCAAGGCGUGCCAAAGUCUGGAGAAGGAUUUAUUGACUUCAUUGGCCAAGUCCAUAAAACAAAAGAGCAGUUUGGCCAAGAUGGACCCAUUUCAGUCCAUUGCAGUGCGGGCGUGGGAAGAACUGGAGUCUUCAUAACACUCAGCAUUGUUUUGGAAAGAAUGAGAUACGAAGGAGUUGUAGAUAUCUUCCAGACUGUCAAAAUGUUAAGAACACAGCGACCAGCCAUGGUACAGACAGAGGACCAGUAUCAGUUCUGCUAUCGAGCCUCACUUGAGUACCUGGGCAGCUUUGAUCACUAUGCAACGUAGAAACCCCUGACCCAUUUUGGAUUUUUACAGCAGGCCCUUCAAUACCCAUGGAGUCUCUUCUGAGCCAUACAGGGCACUUGAGAAGUCCUUCUUAACUUCUAGGUAACAACCACUUAGUGGGACUAUUACACACAAAACAAACUCUUCUGGGUGGACCAAGAAUUCAGUUUAAUAAUCUAAUCUGGAAAUAAUAAAGAGAAUCCUGACUGAUGAGGUGUCUGGAGGAUUUUAUUUACAGAUACCUCAAGGAUUCAACAUAAAGGGAAGAAGAAAUCACAACAAAGAACCAGCAUCUUGUCCAGGAUCGCUUGCUAGGUACGAGGGGGAUUGCCGAGUGCUGCGGUUCAGUGCGGGAUGUUUGCUGGCGUGGCUUCUCGUGGUAGAACGAACUCUGCUUCGACCCCUUCCCACCAUAUUGCUCAUCAUAACAUUGUAGGGGGCGAGGGGGGGAAUGUUUAAAAAGAAAGUCUUUGAUUUAGUUUUUUAGUAUUGUAAGAUACUGCUGACCUGUGCUUCAUUUUUAACUGUGUAAACUUUUUUUUUUUAACAAAACGUAUCUAUCAUUCUAUAAAGCGAAUUUUACAAAGGUUACAUAACUGUUCAUUUUUUAAUUUCCAAAUGGUAGGUUUUUUUUUAAGCUGUACAACUGUUAUCUGUAAUAUCUCGCUGUAGAAAUAUCACAUCAUUUGAAAUUGCACAUUUUUGUGCAAUAUCUGGUCUCAUCAGAUAUUACUUUCACACUUCUGUUCGGGAGAAAGUACCUAUCCUUUUCCAGUAAUCAAAGAGAACAUGGUUUUGUUUUGGGAAUCAACAGGGAGGCGCAAAGUAUAAAGUUGCUGCUAACAUAUAUACAUAUAUAUCCAUAUUUUAUAGGGGUGUCUAUGUAUAUAUAGACAGUGUGUUCAUACAAAAUGAUACAGCUAGCUAUCAUUCAGUUCUUCCAUGAUUUAGUAUUUUUUAAGGUAGAAAAGCUAUUGUAAACAUAGUUUUCAAUUUGUUGUUAAUUUUACGACAUUGGUAUUUCUUAAUAUCACAAAGUUUUGAUUUUGUAAGGACAAUGAGGAAUGCACAUCAGUGAUUGACAGACUUCACCCCCCUAAUUUCCUACCUAAUCUCCCCCCACCACUUCAUCAUACUCACAAAUACCAUUGUGUUAGCCAGGCUUCCAACCAAGUUCAAUAUUUCUAACAACUCUAGUGCAAUAAGAAUUAUUAACUAUCUAAGAGGUGUGCAUGUGGGAAAGGUCAGUGCAUAUCCCUGUAGGAGGGGAGAAUGUUGUAAUAUAUCAGCUAUCAAAUUGUUUAAAAAACAGUGUAUUCAAUCGUAUAUUGUCUAUAGUAUGUGCUAUGAAGUUUGCAUUUAUGAUAUGUAACAGGGGCAAAGCCAAACCGUGUCACUCUGUUCAGUCACACAUUUUGUGGCAUACAGCAUUCCAGGGAAGUGCUGUACUGUGUUCCUUCGGUUUUAGUUUUGCAUUUAGAGUGCCUUAUAAUUGAUGCCUAUUUUAAUAGCAUUUCUUUCUAGCUUUUGGUUCAUAUUUCCAUUAGCUGUUCGUAUAUGUUACUCUUCCUAUUAAAGCAUUAUCUGUUUACCACAUGUACAAAAACUCUUUGAGUAAUAUGCAUUCCUAGUUUUCAACCCAGUCGGGGAUGUCAGUGGCUAUACCAGCCCAAAGCACUUGGAUAAUCAGGACCCUUCCUCCUUUUAUAAUUGUGAACAUCAGGAAAAAUUAAUAGUUUUAUUUAUAAUCCCUUCCAAAUCUACUCUGGAACAUUCAGAAACUGCACCAAACUUAUCUCGGUAACAACCAUCAUUGACAGCUUUGAAAUAUAUUUGCUAUUCCACUAGGAUUUUUCUAAAAGGGGAAAUUGAAAAAAAAAAUGUAUAUAUCUCUCCCCCAAAUUUUCCACCAUGAUUACUCUAGGAAGCCAUGGAUGAUGGCAGGAGUUUGCCAUAUCUUACACAAUUUUUAAAAAUCCUCAAACUGGCCAAGGAACUCUUAAAGAGUUUUGAUAUCGGUGUAAUCUUAGCUCCAUCGAUGUUCUGGCAUAGAAGGAUGUUUUGUUUUCUACAUUUUCCCAUCGCUAACAGAACGAAAUCCAAGAGACCAAACACUUGCAAGCAUCGUAUAUGAGCACUUUUGUAAUAAAAUUUUUAAAAAAGGAAGAAAAAAAAAAAGAAAAAUACUGUACAAUACUUUUAAAAGAAGUAUCUAGAAGGCUACCUCAGAAUGAGACUCUAACCUACAUCAGAACCAGAGAAGAAUGUGCACUGCGUGGGUCUGUUUCCUUUCAGUUCGUACCUUUUGGAGAUUUAUCCAAGUGCCCGAUUACUCAGUGCUGUAAUUUUCAUUUAGCAACAAACAAAGGGGGUCACUGGACAGACGUCGCGUUGUGCCGACAUGUAGAGUCAGAUGGUGUAUUGCACACCACAACCAUUGUCCAAUGAGCAGUUUCUCUCCCUGAGACAAAAACUGCCCAUUCGGCAAAGGGAACGAGGAGGAUCACCCUAAGAAGAAGUGACUGGGAUGCAUACCAUAGACGAACAAGGCGGAGACUAUUCCAGAGAUCUUACUGUUCAGGAGCUGUUCUGACAACGAACUCCCUGCUGUCAUUGAUGUGCAUUCCACUCUGCUUUUCUGUACAAACCAUUCUAGUUAUGUUCUCCCAGGUAAACAUCUUUAUCUACCAUAAACUCAAGUUGGCAAUUAUUUUCAUCAUCAUAACCAGUACGGUGCUAUUAUUUACCUAUGUACGUGUAGUUAUGUAUAAUUUUGUAAUUAGUUACAAUGGUAAAAAAAAAUCAAAAUAUAUAAAAAGUGAUUUGUACAGAACUUUAUUUUAGCUCUUUUUUAAAAAUGAUUUGCAUGGUUAGACAACGGUGAGGACAGCCAGGGGAGGGAAGGGCCUCUAGGGAACUUUGCACUUUCUAUACCUUUGUACUAUGCACUGCCCUAUUGAUUCUACACCCAAUAAUGUUAUUACUUGAACCCAUCUGUAAGAAACUGCUUCAGAUACUCAUUUGUGUGUGUGUAAAUAACAACGUAAAAACAGGAAGGGGAAAAAGUCUGCAGUAAUGUACAGAUUUUUUUUCUUUCCUGUUUACUUUUAGUUUUGCUUUGUUUUAGUCCUUCCUUUUUAUUUUUACUUACUUUUUCUUUUUCCUCCUUUGGGUUUUGGUUUCCUCUGGGUUUAUGGGUGCCCUGAUACUCCAGCAGAGAUCAGAAGGCUAGAGAUCCAUCCUAUCCAUCCGUUAUGUGGCUUUGCCAUCCAAGCUUGGAGUGUCUACAAAGAUAAUAACAGUUGUGUUCUUUGCUCUCGUUUUGGAUGCAUAGACUGAAAAAUUAAAAAAAAAAAUAACUUGUAAAAUGGCUUGUUAAAAAUACAAUUACCUCUAAUUAGUAGUACGCGUAAAUGUUUUACAGAAUGAAAGGCGUGCUUUUUAUUUUCUUACUUCGUUACAUUGGUGGCGAAAGAAGUCUGUAUGAAAAUCAGUUCUUUGCUGACACAAGUUCCAUUUGUUACAGAUGAAUUCUAAUAAAAAUGUCAGUGUAAUGCA